CCCCUCUCGGUUACGUUGGUUGCGUGACGCAACACCACCACCGCCAUACCCGGCCAUGGAUCGACCGCCGCACCCGAUCGCGGGCCCUGCGUCUCCGUCGACCGCUCCUCCGACCACCUACGUCCACACCGAUCAGACCACGUUCAAGGAGCUCGUCCAACGCCUCACCGGCCCCCCUUCCUCCACCGCCGCCACCAUCCAUCACAACAACAACCACCACCACCACCACCACCACGCCCCUCCCCCUCGCCCCGGCCCGUCCAAGCUCCGGCCGAAGCUGACCAUCGUGAAGCCGACCCAACCCUCGCCCUUCUCCCAGGGGAGGCUCUCGCCAUCGCAUAAUCGGGGCCGAGACCAGAGCCCCCCCUCGACAGCGGUACUGUCGGAGGGAGUGGUGAUUAACGAGGAGGAGGAGGAGCGGGCGAUCAGGGAGCGGCGUUUCUACCUGCACCCGUCCCCGCGGUCGAGGGUCGGCGGGGCGGCGGCAACGGCAGCUGUUCCCGCUCACCUCGCCCGGCAGCAGAAGCAGCAGCAGCAGCAGCAGCAGCAGGCCGGGCGAGGCAUGAUGCGUGAGAUAAGGCUGUGCAGGCGGACGUACGACGGAAGGGCUGGCUAG